UCAACCAGUUUAUCAUCUAACUGCACGUUCGACCAAUUCAAAUGUAAAAAAUAGGUGCAAUUAAAAGGUGUAGUCAAAAUAUAAAAUUAGUUCCUCAAUAAAUAGUGAUUCUUGUUAUCAAAAUAAUGGAAAGUGCCGAAGAAAAACCUAUAAACUUCCAUGAAAUGGACUUAGAUGAUCGCCUUCUUAAAGCCAUUUGUCAACUACAGUGGGGCACACCUACAUUAAUACAAGAAAAGUCAAUUCCUUUGCAAUUGGAAGGUAAAGACGUGCUAAUAAGGGCUAGGACAGGGUCAGGAAAGACAGCUGCCUUUACAAUUCCAAUAAUCCAAAAAAUUUUGAAUUUGAAGAAAACAGCAGUCUAUCAAGAGGUUAAAGCUGUUAUUUUAGCUCCUAGUAGAGAACUAUGUAAUCAAAUAAACAACGUUAUAAAAGAUUUAACAAUAAAAUGCUCAAGGGAGGUAAGAUGUGUAGAUGUUGCUCCUAAUUUAGGUUUGAAUGUACAGAAACCCUUAUUGACAGAAAAACCUGAUAUUGUGGUUGGUACACCAGCCAGAGUAUUAAUGCAUCUGAAAAAUGGUAAUUUAGAUUUGAAAAAGUCCUUAGAAGUAUUGGUAAUAGAUGAAGCCGAUUUAAUAUUCUCCUUUGGUUAUAAAGAUGAAGUGAAUGAGUUAACAUCUUAUCUUCCAAAUAUUUACCAAGCUAUUCUUGCAUCAGCUACAUUGAGUGAAGACGUACUCAAUUUGAAGAGUCUUGUUCUUCAUAAUGCUGUCACUUUAAAAUUAGAAGAACCAGAGUUAGCACCUACCAGUCAGUUAACACAUUACCAUUUAUUAGCAGAAGAAAUGGAUAAAGCAACAAUAUUAUAUGCUCUACUAAAAUUACAUUUGAUUAGAGGUAAAACAAUAAUAUUUGUCAAUUCUGUGGAUAAGUGCUAUAAACUUAAGUUAUUCCUCGAACAAUUUAAAAUUCCUGUUUGUGUUUUGAACUCUGAACUGCCAGCAGCCAUCAGAUGUCAUUCUGUUUAUCAGUUCAAUCAAGGUAUUUAUGAUAUUAUCAUUGCAUCUGAUGAAAAAGCUUUAGAAGAUAAUGCUGCUGUAAAUAAAAAAGCUAAAAAAACAGAACAACCGUCAAAAAGGAGGAAAGAUAAAGAAAGUGGUGUUUCAAGAGGGAUUGAUUUUCAGUGUGUAGCUAAUGUUCUCAAUUUUGAUUUUCCUAUGGAUGUUCAAUCAUACAUUCACAGAGCAGGCAGAACAGCUCGAGGUAACAAUCAAGGAAGUGUUUUGUCAUUUAUAAACAUGAAAGAGAAAGAUCUCUUAGAUAAAGUAGAAGAAUGUCUAAGAGCAGGUUUAAAUGAUGUCUCGAUUUUCAAAAAGUACCAAUUCAAACUUGAAGAAGUGGAACCAUUCAAAUAUAGAGCUAAGGAUGCAUGGAGGGCUGUAACAAGAAUUGCUGUAAGGGAAGCUAGAUUGAAAGAAAUAAAACAAGAGAUAUUCAAUUGUCAAAAAUUGAAGGGAUACUUCGAAGAUAAUCCAACAGAUUUGCAAGUUCUUAGACACGACAAAACUCUACACACUGUUAGAAUUCAAGAGCAUUUAGCAGAUGUUCCUGAAUAUAUUUUACCCCCAUCCUUGAAGAGUUUGGCUGGAAUCACGAAAAGAAAAAGAAAAAAUAAUAAAAACAUCCCCAAAGGCAAAAAAACAAAAUUUGAAGCAGCACAAAGCAAUCCAUUACUGAGUAUGAAAUUUGAUGGUUUUGGUGCCAAGUCGAAAAAAAAGGGAAAGAAAUAGUAUGUCUGCUUAUGAUGAAUUGUCAGGAUCUGUGAUUUCUUAAAUUAAAUAAUUAAUUUAAAGGCUCAUUUUCACGAUGAUAAUACUAUCGCGAUAGUCACUACCACACUGUUGCGAGAGCUCUGUCGCACUAUUACGAUAGUAUUAUUGUGAGAGUUAGUAUCAGUGUGAAAAUAAGCCCUAAAUUAACAGUUUAGUGAAAAUAGUUGCUAUGUAUGAGAAAACACUAUUUUUGUGUAAAUAAAUUCAAAACAUCUA